GCUCUGGUUCUCCAGAAGGUCCCCUUUAAAUCAGCUUACAUCUAGUGUCUCUACCUAAGGCUUUGUUUGGAACCCUGUCGCUCCAUUGCCCGGUCGGUCCGCAGGAGUGAUGGCUGCAGAGACAUCCGGAGAGUUGUCGACGUAUCAAUUUGCCCUUCCAUUUCUCGGUUUGGCACUCCUUUGAAUUCGAAUCAUUCCUUCCAUUCGACAUAUCAUUUUUCACUCUAUUCCAUUAGACAUUCGCGCACUUGCAAUACUCUUCAAUCUCUCCCAAACGCGUGAUCCAGGCGGUGAUCUCUUUUCAAUGUAUCAAUCCCGGAGCGGUCUAUAUAAACCGUUGAGCGUACCAGAGAAAGAAAUUCGAUUGAUCAGACUCCGUCCCCGCUCUUUCUAUCGACCUGAACAGAUCUCGGACGAUGUCCUAAUCUGCACACUCGAACAUGCGUCUCGAAGUAAUGCUAUACAAUACACGGCUUUAUCCUACGCCUGGGGGAGCGGAAAUGAAACUCGCCCCAUACUGGUUGACGAGACUAGACAGUCUAUAGGCGCGAACUUGGAAGCAGCGUUGCGAGAGUUGUGGGAUGAUAACGAAGAAGUACUGGUCUGGGCAGACCAACUCUGCAUUAAUCAAGACGACAAGGUAGAGAAGAACCGCCAAGUAUCCCAGAUGAAGGAGAUAUACGAAGAAGCCCAGCGCGUGAUUGCUUGGCUUGGCCCAGCAGCAGACGGGAGCGAUCUAGUUAUGUUUUGGAUCAGAAAGAUGAGCAAUGCCGAGGGCUCACGUUCAGUAACAAUCGACAUCCUGAAUCACCACGAGAAACCAGAAAAUUUGGCGGCCAUGACGGAGGCCUUUGAUAAGUUCUGUCAGCGGGAUUACUGGCAGCGGCUCUGGAUUAUUCAGGAGUUUACCGUAGCGCAGCAGUUGUUUAUCGCCUGCGGAGGCGCCUUAAUCGCAUUCGACGAGCUGGUAGGGGCCUUGGACUUCCUCAAGCUCCCGAAAUGGGUCGUUGAGCAACCAGACAUGGUAAACGCUUACAAAUCAACGUCUUUGACAUUUGUUAGAGGCGUUGUAACUCGCCGGAUGCGCUACCAGCUUAGAAGCGGCCACCAAUUGGACUCACUGUUCCAAGUCGUUGUCGAGUCACUUGUCAUGGGGAUUGACUACAGCCAUCGGGAGACUUCGUAUCCUCGCGACCGUAUCUUCUCUGUGCUUGGACUUGCAGGCGAUGCCUUUUCCUUUGGAUCAUUUCCGGAUUACGCGCCGUCGACGAGCUGUGAGGACGUUUAUGAGGAGGCGGCUCGGGGAUUUCUUCGACAAGGACAUGUGGAUAUCUUCUGCUACUGCCAGUUUCCAAGGACUGAGAGGAAUAGGCGGAUGGCGACUUGGGCGCCGGACUGGCAAAUGCCGACAAGAAAACCAAAUGUAGAUGACCCUUGGUUCAGUCAAUUCAGUGCCGGGACAGCAACAAACAUCGCACCGCAAUCGAUUACUUUUCCGGACACCAAAAGCGUGGCAUUGCAAGGCAUAAUCGUCGAUGAAGUCAAGGGGUUCGGAAGUACGUGGAACCCGGACUGGCUCAGUGCUUUGGACUGUCAAGCUGCGCUCGACUACCUUACCGAGAUCACGGCGUUCUGCGAAGAUUCACCUCGGGUUAGUGUUGAUGACGUGCAGCUGGUCACAGCGCGUGUUGCUAUCAAUGAGCGUGUCGCGUACACAUCCGAAGACUGGCGGCAAUUCUAUGUGACCGGAUAUAACUCGGCCGUGGAUAGCCUCUUCGACGCAUUUCAACUCGGGAUGGAAGUGGCGGAGACGUGGUUUACUACGGGGAUGAAGUUGCUGCACUCGCGCCGGCCGUUUAUCUCGAAGACAGGUUAUAUAGGGCUUGCGCCUGAUCAUGUUGCUGAAGGAGACAUCGUAUGCGUGUUUCUAGGGGCUAAAACCCCUUACGUUCUUAGACCGACUGGACAGGGUACAUAUACGCUUGUGGGAGAGGUGUAUCUACAUGGAGCUAUGCAUGGGGAGAUCCUUGAGGGAAGUCCUGACGUCCAAAAAUUGGUUUUGAGAUAAUGUAGAGCUCGAAUUUGUACAUGAAGAAGUCCCAAAAUCUGGAGAGAACAUAUGGCGUAUAUACAAUAAUUGAAGAUCGGAGCAUGCAACCCUCA